CCCCCGCCCGCCCCCGGACCGCGCGGCCGCCACCUCGGGCGCGCCCGGGAGUCUCCGCGCCCCCAGCGCCGGGCUCUGGCGCCCGCGGUCACCUUGUCCCGGAGGAGUCCUUGCCAACAAUGGAAGACAACUCAGCUCCUAUGGGGACAAGCUACCAUGACCAAAUAGUGGAGACUCCAAAAGCAGCUCCAGUAAUGGACAGAGAAAUGGGUCCUGUGAGGCAAGUCUAACCUUCAAGUCCAGCCCACCCACCUGGCACCGGCCAGGGAGAAGAGCACCAUGGAGGGCAUCAUUGAACAGAAGACCAUGCUGACACACAGCAAGAUCAGCGAUGCAGGCAAGAGGAAUGGCUUAAUUAACACCAGAAAGUUCAUGGCUGAAAGCAGAGAUGGCCUGGUGUCUGUUUACCCAGCACCUCAGUACCAGAGCAGGCGGGGGGUGACCAGUGCAGCUCCAGCCACUCUGGACAGCAACAGGAAUGAGCCAGUGCAACAACUGCUGGACCCCAAUACCUUGCAACAGUCCGUGGAAUCCCACUAUCGCCCCAACAUCCUCCUCUACUCAGAUGGUGUACUGCACUCCUGGGGAGAUGGGGUGGCCAAUGAGUGCUGUGAGACCACCUUUAUUGAGGAACGGUCACCCACCAAAGAGAGCCUGGAGUACCCCGAUGGAAAGUUCAUCGACCUCUCCUCAGAUGACAUCAAGAUCCACACACUCUCCUAUGACGUGGAGGAGGAGGAGGAAUUCCAGGAGCUGGAGAGCGACUACUCCAGUGACACGGAGAGUGAGGACAACUUCCUAAUGAUGCCCCCAAAGGAUCACCUGGGCCUCAGUGUGUUCUCCAUGCUCUGCUGCUUCUGGCCACUGGGUAUCGCAGCCUUCUACCUGUCCCACGAGACAAACAAAGCGGUGGCCAAGGGGGACUUCCACCAGGCCAGCACCAGCUCCCGGAGGGCCCUCUUCCUGGCAGUGCUCUCCAUCACCAUCGGGACCGGCAUCUAUGUGGGCGUGGCCGUGGCCCUCAUCGCCUACCUCUCCAAGAACAACCACCUCUAAACUUCCUCCAGCUGGGACACACUAGGAGGUGCUGCAGAUGGCACCAGGAAGCCUGGAGGUUCCUCCCGGUGGACUCCUUCUGAGUUCGCUCUUUCAUUUUCUUUUCCCAGCACUGUGUAAGCACGAGACACAUGGGCACUGCUCACUGUUCCAAAGGGAAGCUCCAAAGAUCCUGAUUCCUGAGGUUGUUUUGGAUGGGCUCUGCCCAGUGGACAACAGUGCACUCUCCCCUCGGCCUA